UUUUAUAAUAUUUAUGUACUAAUUAGGUGAUAAUUUUCUUCACAGGAUAUGGGUUUAAAGGUGUUCACCAACUCAAAGAUUCAUAAACCCAGAGUGUGUUCAUACUAUCAUCCCCAACCCUUUGCAAGCGCAGGUGUUGCAAGACUAUACGAUUAUUCAGAAACAAUGUCAAUGAGAGGCAGCAGUAAUUAUGUACUAGGUGCUUCAGGGCCUGUCCCAGAGCCUGUCACAGAGACCGUGAGAAAAUACUUUCCUGAGACGUGGAUCUGGGACUUGGUGGUAGUAGACUCAUCAGGCGUGGCUGAAGUAGGAGUAAGAGUCCCUGACACCAUCACUGAGUGGAAGGCAGGGGCCUUCUGCCUGUCCGAUGAUACUGGAAUUGGCCUCUCUCUUCCCACCACUCUCCAAGCCUUCCAGCCUUUCUUUGUGGAACUCACAAUGCCCUACUCUGUGAUCCGUGGAGAGGCCUUCACACUCAAGGCUACUGUCCUAAACUACCUUCCCAAUUGCAUCUGGGUCAGGGUGCACCUAGAAGCCUCUCCUGCAUUCCUGGCUGUCCCAGGGGAGAAGGAACAAGACUCUCCCUGCAUCUGUGGGAAUGGACGACAAACCGUGUCCUGGGCAGUAACUCCAAAGAAAUUAGGGACUGUGAAUUUCACCGUGAACGCAGAGGCACUGGAGUCUCAAGAACUGUGUGGGACUGAGGUGGCUGUGGUCCCUCAAUAUGGAAAGAAAGACACAAUCAUCAAGCCCCUUUUGGUUGAAGUGAGUAAGCCUGCCCAUUUAUAGGUAACAAUGUGUCAA